AUGUUGGGAAGACGACUUUGGCAACAACUGAUUUUUGAUCAUUUAUCCAUUUGUUUUGAAGGUGUAAGCUUUGUUGAGAAUGUCAGAGAAGCUUCAAAAGGCUCUUUGUCUGGCUUGAAGGAAUUGCAAAAACAGGUUCUUUCAGAUGUGUUAAAUGAUCAAAUCAUCGUUGUAAAAAGUGUUUCUGACGGGAGAAAUAAGAUGAAAAGGAUGAUGGGUAGUAAAAGGGCUCUUGUAGUUCUGGAUGAUGUAGAUGAUAUAGACCAGCUUGAGGCAUUAGCGGGAAGCAAUUUGCUCUUCGGUAAGUAUGCAUUUGGGAGGGAGAUUCCACUUCAAGGGUAUGAAGUGCUAUCAGGAAAAGUUGUGCAUUAUGCGGAUGGUCUUCCAUUAACAAUCAAAGUUUUGGGUUCACAACUUUGUGGUAGAAAUGAGCGUGAAUGGGUAGAUGCCUUGGAAAGACUAAAAACAAUUCCGCUGCAGGAAAUUUUGGAGAAGUUGGAACUAAGCUAUAUUGGUCUUGAGAAUGAUCACAAGGAAAUAUUUUUGGGUGUUGCAUAUCUACUGAAGGGUAUGAAAAGGAAGAAGGCAAUCAGAAUACUUGUAAGUUGUGGCUUUCAUGCUGAAUUUGGUUUAAGGGUUCUUCAGCAGAAAUCUUUGUUGACUAUAUCUAAGGCUGAUCGUUUGCUCUUGCAUGACCAUCUAGAAGAAAUGGGUAGGAAUAUUGUUCGUCGUUUGCAUCUGCAUCCUGAUGAGCCUAAUAAACAUAACUGA